UAUUACUUGCUCACCACGUUAAUCUCAUCGUCAUAAAACAGAAUGCUGUGUUUGUGCCAAUUUAACAGCUUAUCAACUAAAGGGUCCUGUGUUAGUCAGUCUUGCUAGCUAACUAUCUUAAUACCUAUGAAAGGUUUUCACAAUGCAGAGUACAGUCCGCGGCUGUUCUUUGUAGCUACUUGGCUAUCAGUGCCGUUUAACCUUAAACGCCAGUCAAUAGAUAGACCAGCUUGAGUAAAAAAUAUUUCAUAGUAUAUUGUAAUAGCACGGAAAACUGAAAACAUUGCUCGUCGUGCACACUGAUUCAUAAUUACACUGGAAGUUUUGGAGGCCCUCCUCAUCUGUAGGGUCACAAAAUAAAUGUCCACUACAGUUUUUGCUUAUAUGACCUCAUCAUCAUCAUCAUCAUCAUCCUAGUCUGUGGAUAUAUCUGUGCAAUGUCAGAAAAUGUCGUUGACCUGCGUCUGUCUCUGGGGUCAUGGAUUUCCCGGGCCACUUUGAACAGAUCUUCCAGCAGCUCAACUAUCAGCGUGUCCACGGUCAGCUGUGGGACUGUGUCAUUGUAGUGGGCAGCAGACACUUCAAAGCCCACCGCUCGGUGCUGGCAGCUUGCAGCACCCACUUCAGAGCCCUGUUUACUGUUGCAGAGGGAGAUGCAAGCAUGAAUAUGAUCCAGCUGGACAGCGAGGUGGUGACCGCUGAAGCUUUUGCUGCUCUGGUGGACAUGAUGUACACCUCUACACUGAUGCUGGGGGAGAGCAACGUCAUGGAUAUUCUCCUUGCAGCCUCACAUCUGCACCUCAACAAUGUGGUCAAAGCCUGCAAGCACUACCUGACCACGCGCACACUGCCCAUGUCCCCCUCAUCUGACAGACCCAACCAUCACCACCGUCAGCAGGAGCAGCAGAGGCACAGGCAGCAGCAAGUAGCAGAUUUAUCAGUAAAUCCUACUCUAGCGGCUAAUGCUAACCUCACAGAAAAUGCUGCCACAUCAAAGUUGCAGCGCUCCUUCCUCCUGCAGCAGCUGGGCCUUAGCUUGGUGAGCUCUGCUUUGGGUGGAAUGGAGGAGGAGGGUGCUGGAAAUGUAGUCAGCAGGGGAGUCGUUGAACAGAGAGCCUCCUUUCCAAUCCGACGCUUCCACAAACGCAAGCCUUCAAUGGCCCUGUCAGAGGAGAGAGCCAGGCAGAGGCAGCGUCCCUCCGCCCCAAACCUGGGGAUGUUAGGAGAAGGUGGGGUGAGCGCAGAGCGAGGGGAAGGAGCACUACUCUCCCCUGACUCCCACAAGAUGGGGGAUGAAUCCAAAUUGGACGGCACAAUCACUGGCCAAGUAGGGGUGUCUCAAGAUGAUCCUCAGAUGCCCAGCCAGUCGGACAGUGGACAUUGUGGGGGGGGUGACUUGGGGAGAAUGCAGGGAGGGGUGAGCAAGAAGGAGGACAUGGAAGACCAGGAGCAACAUGACAACAGAGCAGCGGUGAAGAUCAAAUCAGGGACAGAGGAGGAGGAGGCCGAAGAGCAGAAGGUGGUGGUUAAACAAGAGCCGUUAAGCUCCCCAGAGCCAACUGAUGAAAUCAGUGACGUGACAUCGCAGGCUGAAGGCAGCGACCCAGCUGAGCCUGGAGGCCAAGAGGAGGAAGAGAAGGCGGAGCUGAGCCCAGAGAGCAGCGACCGCAGCUUCACCUCUGAACCCCAACCCAGUUCUGACUCUCUGCUGCAGCCCAGCUCACAGCUUCUCCUCAAGAGCAGCAUGGGAGGAGGUGCUGGAGGAGGAGGAGGUUUUGGGUGUAAUAACGGACUGAGUAGCAAACCUGGUUUUAGUAUUUCUAGCUUCCUCGGCCCUAAGGAUUUUGGAGGUGGUGGGACAGGCUUGGUUGCUGGAGAGGAUGACCUCCCCAACACAACAACUGGCGAUACAGUAGCACAUCACUUCCUGCUUAGACAGGAAGCUGCUGGGCCAUCUGGCUCCACCUCUUCCUCCCUUCUGCAGUCAGGUCCGCUUGGUGAGGGUCACAAUAGUUUUGGUGACAGCUUACAAGCCGAUUCUCUAUUCCUCCGCCCUCUUCAUGAUGGUCUGGAGAACCCUAGAGAAAAUACAGGAAGUGGUAGUGCAGGGCGUGUAGGAGUUUAUCCCUUUGGUUUAGACUUUCAGCGCUCUAGUUUGGGCCUUCAUUCCCUAGGGCGACCCUCACGAGGGGCUGGGGAAGCGUCUGCUACUCUGGGCUUUCCAGCUUAUAGACGUAUCGCUCCAAAGAUGGCCACCGGCAUGGGAGGAGAUGAAGGAGUAAACAGUGUUCUCCAGGAUGCCGCCUCAUCCUCCUCAAGUUUGGCAAGUCCUCUUCUUCUAAACAAGUGUGGCGAGUAUGAGAUGAACAGUGGCAGGCCCACCUCCCUGCCCCCUCAGCUGACCCGAGCUUCAGCCGAUGUCCUGUCCAAGUGCAAGAAGGCUUUGUCGGAGCAUAACGUGUUGGUGGUCGAGGGAGCCCGCAAGUACGCUUGUAAAAUCUGCUGCAAAACCUUCCUCACCCUGACUGACUGCAAGAAACACAUCCGAGUCCACACAGGAGAAAAACCCUACGCAUGUCUCAAGUGUGGGAAGCGCUUCAGCCAGUCCUCCCACCUAUACAAGCAUUCCAAGACGACCUGUCUGCGCUGGCAGAACAGUAACAUGCCCAGUGCCCUGCUGUAGGACUGCAGUUGAAUACGUUAGGAAUCAGUGAUGGGUGGAAUUUAAAGUCCCAACAAUGUUUAGAUUUUUCUAAAGCUGAGACAGACAUUCUGUCCAAAUCAACUAGUCCUGAUCACAGACCAAAGGCAGGGAUGAUAAAUCCACGCAAUCAAGUUGGUAAAAGUUGUUGAAAGAUGACGGGGGUGCAGGACAUGCAAAGUGCCGCAUUUAAUGCUAUGGGUUAAUCGUAGGUCUACACUGGGCUUGAUUUUUAAGCAGCCAUACUGUUGGCUGUAUUUCUAAAGUGAACCAUGUGGAUCUGCUUUCUAGAUGAAUUUUUUUGUUGAAACGAUCCUUUAAUGCUGAACAUCUGUCAUUUGUGGUGCACUUUCUAAAGCAAAUUUGAAUCUGUUAUUCUAACACUCAUCUCGAGUGUGUGCAGAUCACAGGCAGCUGUGCAGCACCAACAUUAAGAACAAAUGGUAUGUAAAAUAGUGUGUAGAUUUUUCAUUGCACAUUCGUAAAACAUGUAGCAGCAUCCCACAUCAGACUGUUGAGUCACAGUUACACUGUGCACAUUGAUUGUGCCUACGUCUGUGCGAGGGCGUUCGUGUAGACUGUGGAUCGACUGAUUCAGAUUCACUUUGGGUGCCAGAUGUGAUGUCUGUAAGAACCGGUGAUUCUUUCUCUACUGUUCAAGAAGGUAGAAAGAUUCAGAUUCAGUCCUGUGAUGCUGAAUUCUGUAGCUUUUUGUAGUUCAGCCAAUAGAUAGCAUGACAGGAGUCUAGUGUUGUAUUGUUUUUUUUUACCCUGUAGCUGGUAUGCUGUGUAAAUGUUAUCAAAUGGACAAGAACUAUAAAUGUUAUUCUGAGAUUAAAUUUGAAGCGAGCGACAUUGUCGACCAGUAGAGUAGUCACCCAAAAUAACUGAGCUAUUUGACUGCUGUAGUUGCCUUUCAGACCCAAGCACCUUUAAAUUACAAUCACAGGAAAUGUUCCUGAGCUCAUUUAACGUUAAGGAUAUGUAUGGUGGCUGGCAUGAUAUUUCAAUUUGCACUGAGGAAUAAAUGUCUCGCUUUGUCGAAUCUGUUGGGUCCAGUGUUGAGCUUAUCGAAUACCAGUUUUGGUGAAAUGGGAAACUGUGAUUUGAGCUAAUCACUUUUGCCAUAAUUUGUGCUUGACAGUCAGAGUUGGUUAUUUUAAAAUUAAGCUCUGUUGUUUCAGGGGAGUGAAAGUAAUGAUAGCAGCAAGGGAGAGAAUAGUGUCAGCUUGCACCAUCUUUGUAUUGGAAGCAGCAAAAUAAAUCUGCAUCCACUUGGCCUUGUAUUUUGUUUUCAGAAAACUAAAACUGACAAAACAUUGUAUUAUAAUUACAUUUUAAUACCUAGAUAACAGCUACACAGGAAAAUGCGCUCUAAAUGCACCUUAUUUUGUGUGAUGGUGUGUAGAACUGUUGAAAGUUUGUUGGGAUUUUCAUCUGUGUACGAUAUGGCACUAAGUGACUUUUGGCCCUUACUAAUAAAUGACCCGAAGUGACCACAGGAAGUUCAGCUGUGGCCGACAAGUUUAUCGACCGUCCACACAUCAGCCAAGAUUCUCUGGUCGCUGGUGAUCUUGUGUGUACAGUUUGUGUGUUUAUGUAAAAAGGCAUUGAAGUUAGCCAAAAGGCAGAGUCAUAAAUAUUGCACAUUUGUGGUUGGUUUCACCAUUUUUAUCUCUCCUGGAGGAGAGACAAAACAACUCAUGAAAAACAAAAUGUGUAUAAGUUGCUGCUGUACUUGAGUGCUUUAUACAUGUUUCUUUAUACAUCUGAUGUGUUGCAAAAGCACUUAGACAAAACGUUCUUUUUCAUAAAUAUGUUUACUGGAAUGUUGAACUAUGAAAACGUCCUUCCCUUACACUAUCGUCAGGAUGAGUUUGCAAGCUGAGGGUUGUAACAUGUUGAUGGCAACCAUAAUAAUCAUUUCCACAGUUUGUGAAAUGCAAAUACACAUGGGGAGAAAUUAUCAGUGUUUUAUAAGGUCUUCUGUCAUUUUGAAUAUUAAUUUCAGGAGUUAUUGUUUUUUUUAUAUAUAUAUGUAACUGUUUUAAUGUCUACCUGUAACUUGUUAAAUGCUGUCAUACAGUAUAUUGUAAUUGUAAUGACAGUGAUGUUUCAGUUAAGAUUAAAAAAAAUAAUAAUAAUGACACAGACAUGCUGAGAAGAAAUCUAAAUUUGCAUCUCAUAGAAAAAAAAAAGGACUUUUACAUCAACCCAGUUUUGGAUGCUUGGCCUCCUGCGGGUUGUAACUAAGAGCAGCUUCAUUUGGUGGACAGUUGGUCAGUGUUCAUGCAGUGUUGUAGAGUUAUGCUAUAGUGAACCAAAAUGGAAAAAAUAACACUUUUAAAUACGUUUACCUUUUUGUAUGCUUAAUUGCUUGCUGUAUUGUGUCGCCUACACUGUCAAUUAGCAACACAUGGCUUCAGUUUCUAGUUGGCACCUUAUUGUACUGUAGAGUCAUCACACUGUUAGCCUGUACGCAAUUUUAUUUGAAACAUAUUUAAUGGAUAAUAUGGAUAGUCUUGACCUUUUACUUCAGAGGAAUAAUUGCCUUUUGGGAUAUUCACCCUGUAACAUAAGCUAAGCUCUUCACCCUGUAAUUUUUGACACUAUGGACUAUGGAUGGCGAAGUCCUUAAGGCAGGCCACAGAAUUUGAAAUGGUCUUGAUUCUGUUGUCUGUUCCUGCGUGCUCCCAACUCACAUUCAGCCUCCUCUGCUUUCUGGAAAGAGGAAGGAGGUACAUCCUCUGGAGAUAGACCGAGCUGUAGAGGCCUUGAUGCAAAGGAGAGAUGUAGCCCUCCAAAACAGCCUCCGUGUCUCACGCAGUGGCCUGUUAAGGAUCAUUAUGGUGCUGUCUACUAAAGCUGUUGCAUAAAUUAAUGUGAUAGUCAAUCUCUGAAAAAUGCACUGAUCGUAUUGCCCCUGUAAGAAUAUGCCAACAUGUCAAAAUAUAUGAAAGGCUUAAACUGAUUAUGAAAGUCACUGCCUUAUGCCUUCUAGCUUGAAAAGCUGGACUUUUGUCGAUAUGCCAAAUCUGAAGUAUUUCUGGUUUUUUUUCUUUACUCUAACAUAGUGUAACCAUGAAAGGACUAAAUGUUUGUCUCUUGUUGAAGGCUAUGAAGAUUGUAUAGUAUGUUCAGUUGAUGUAUAGAUUGAAUAAAAAAAACAAUGAAAUUCAGUUU